GUGUGGAAGUUCAAGCGGAAGAAGACACAGGCGUGGAAGCUCAAGCUGAAGAAGGGCAAGGACAAGGUGCGUAUCCUCAAGAAGAAGAAGGCCGGGAGCGGGAACGAAGCCGUGCAGGCUCGCCUGCAUGGUGUCCCAGGUGCGUGGUCUCAGUCGAAGAAGGCGGAGGCAGGGACGAGGCCGGCGCAAUAUGGGGUUCCAGGCGCGUGGUCUCAGCCCGAAGAAGGCGGAGGCGGGGACGAGGCCGGAGCUGGGGUCCCAGGUGCGAAAGCGGAGGCGGGGACGAGGCCGGAGCGCUUAUCCUCGACCAACGUGGAGUCCCAGGUACGCGAUCUCGGCCCGAAGAAGGUGAAGGUGGGGACGAGGGCGGAGCACUUAUCCUCAACCGAUAUGGGGUCCUAGGUGCGCGCCCUACCGCAGCGUGCAUCAGUGCCAGGUGCUUGAAGCCAGAAGAAGGCGAGCUUCAAGAGGAGGCGACAACAGGCUCGAAGGACUUACUCUCAGAAUACGUUCUCGGCGCGUGGUCUCAACCUGAAGAAGACGGAGGCGGCGACAAGGCCGGAUCGCCUAUCCUCAACUGUCAUGGGUUCCCAGGUUCGUGGUCUGGAGAGAACAGAAGCCGAGACCAGGCCGGAGUGCCUAUCCUCAAGCAAUAUGGGGUCCCAGGUGCGCGGUCUCAACUUGAAGAGGAUGGAGGCGGGAACCAGGCCGGAGCACUUGUCCUCAACCAAUAUCGGGUCCGAGGUGCGUGGUCUCAACUCGAACAGGACGGAGGCGAGGAGAGGCCGGAGUACCUAUGCAAGGACAAGGCUGGGAGGGCCCAUCCUCAACCAACAUGGGGUUCCGAGGUGCGGAAGUUCAAGCUGAAGAAGACACAGGCGUGGAAGCUCAAGCUGAAGAAGGGCAAGGACAAGGCGUGGAAGCUCAAGCUGAAGGAGACGGAGGCGUGGAAGCUCAAGCUGAAGAAGGGCAAGAACAAG